UUGGCCUUCUCGAAAGAUUUCACAAGAACAAGCAAUAGAACAGAUACCAGAAUUCGCAAACAUCUUCGCACUGGAGUCAAAUCGUUUGAUUUCGAUAAAAUUGAAAUUGAGUUUUCAGAUAAUUACAAAGCUGCUGUCGAAAUCAAGAAGCAUGGUGUUGAAUUUGGUGAAAUACUUUCUUUAAAAGAAGGCGAUGAAAUUAUUACUAGAUACUUCAUCAAAGCAUUCUUUGGAUACCCUGUAGAGAAUCAGAAAUACAGUUGUGAAUUUGUUUCCGUAGAAGAUUUUAUAUUUGAUGACAAUAAUCGUUUCCCACCUGCUUAUUUUAGUCUUCCAAAGAUGAGAGAACCAUUUGCAUACAAACUUCUCGAGUGUUUUGGCAUUGGUCCACAUGUAGAAUUUGUAAUAAAUCCAUAUAUUUCACGCGGAUUCUAUAUUGCAAAACAAGAUUUAACACAUGGCGACCAAGUCUUUGUUGAACUUGGAAAAGAUAUAUUUCAUAACACUCACGAUUAA